GGCGCAGGCAUAUAAACAUACACGUAAGUUAAAGAGAACUCUUUUCUUUUUUUUUUUCCCCACUGAUAUGACUCGAUAAAAAUUUACAACAAACGUUGCGUACAUAUUAACCCUUUGUGAUAGUCCGUGCGAGCUUGCAUGCGAAAGGAACUCUGCCUGAUUUACUCCUGCUGAGCGACGGCAAACUUUUGCAAAGGCGAUUGCAAAAGGAUAACAAAGAAUAAAUACACGUACAUGUUUGCUAUUCGCCCUCUUUAGCAGCCAGUAGAGAAGUACACUCAUCCCGACGAGGCCACAUCAACAGCCGACUUUCAAAAGUGAACAAACUUCCAUCCCGCUUCGCUACGUUCCGUUUUUUUUUUUUUUUUUUUUAACCAAUUAAGCUGUUGUCAAAAUGGUUAGGGUCGCAGAUAACUCCUUGAAAACGAAUAUCCACCAGUACCACAUCGUCGGCAGAGCCAUCCCAACGGAAAAAGAUAAAAACCCGAACGUGUACCGAAUGUGCAUUUUCGCGAAGAAUGACACGAAUGCGAAAUCUCGAUUUUGGUACUUUAUGAAAAAAAUAAACAAGUUGAAAAAAUCAAAUGGAGAGUUACUAGCUUGUGAGCAAAUAAGAGAAAGGUUCCCCCUUCGAGUAAAAAACUAUGGGGUGUUACUACGUUAUGAUAGCCGAACGGGUACCCACAACAUGUACAAGGAGUUUAGGGACACCACAAAGGAAGGAGCCAUUGCUCAAUUGUAUUCCGAAAUGGCAGGAAGGCAUAGAGCCAGAGCAUCAUCCAUCAGUGUCAUCAGGAUAUCAGAGAUAAGUGCCAACUUGGUGCGAAGGCCACAUAUUAAGCAGCUGCUUAAGAAGAGGCUACGCUUCCCGGCGCUGCAUUUGCCCACCUUGAAAAAGGAGUACAGAAGAAAAUACGCAGCUAAGAGGCCUUCUACGUACAGAAUGUAAGCACAAGGAAGAAGGGUUUGGGGGAGGAAGAGGCCUCCUCCGGGUAUGUAUUUUCAGGAAAACCCUGCUCAAUUGUAUUGCCAAACCGGAGCACUGUGGAGCGAACAACUGGAUCAUGCGCAACGGGAGAGAGAAGCACAAGAGGAAAGACCCAUGCUGCGUAACAGUGCCAAUGCCAAGGAAACGUUUGUUUUAUGCCUUUUUUUUUUUUCCGGCAAACUUGUGUGUAUAUAUAUAUGUUUAUAUGUUCCCUUCAUUUUUUUUUAUUUUCACAUAAAAUUAAACCGAAGAAGGAUAUCAACU